AUGAAGAGCGUGCAAUUAGCGCUAAAAGCAGUUAAACCUACACCCACUUGCAGCUUUCCUCCGGAAGAUCUCCAGAACCUACAGUUUGACUCUGACAUUUAUUUGUCCACACUGGCAGCUCUAGCGACUCAGGAUGCCCCGAUGGUGGCGAAGUACCUGCGGGGGUGGGCGAGCGCAUCACGACUCCCGGUUCGAGAACGGCAAUCGCUAGGUGAGCCGCCGCAGCAGCAACAGCAGCAGUACCCGGAGCCGCCGCUCGAGCAGCAGCACCGCGGCGUCCAUCUGCUGCUGCUGUACCCGUACAAGGGCACCGUGCUCCUCUGCUUCUUGGACGUGGUUUGCUGCACGGCGAGCAGCAUCCGCAACGGGACCGGCAGCACGAACAGCAGGAGACAUGCCGCAGCCCUACCACAUUCAACGCGGCAAUCUGAGCACGGUGGCGUGCUCGUUUCGCCGGCGGAGGGGAAGCUGUAG